AUGAGGAAAGUUAGAAUUUUGUAUAGUGAUCCUUAUGCUACAGAUUAUUCAAGUGAAGAAGAAGAUUCGUUUUUGAGAAAUGAGUAUCAAUUAGAUGGUUCUAAGAGGUUUGUGCAGGAAAUUUUUGUUCCAUUUAUGCCCUUAGAUUAUGAGAAUGAGAAGAAUGCAUUGGAAGAUGUUAAGGAAAUGUUGUUGCUUCGAACAUCUCCAUCAUCUGUGCUUGAUGUCACUGUCACAGCUACAGAACCAGCAAAAGAUAUUAAUGGCAUUAAUGAUUCAGUCAAAGAGAGUGAUGACAAAGAGUUAAGAGGUGAUGGAAAAAGAGGAAAUGUAGUGGAAGGAGUUUGUAAUACAGAAGAUAGUUCAUUUCUAUAUUUGCUAGAGGAGGCAAAUGUGGCAUCAUUGGCUGGUCAUGAUCUUUGUUUUCUUGAUGAAAUGGCAAUGUGGCUUGGUGAUGGAUUUUGUAACUUGUUGGACAAUGAAAUUGACUGUGGCUCUAUGUGGAAGGUAGAAGAUGGUGAAGGUAGCAGCAUUCUUCCAUAUAUUGAUUGUGAUUUCAAUGAUCCUGAGCUAGAUUGGUUUGAUGAAACUCCUAAUUGGGAUUGCCACUAA